AUGAUCUUCAACGUUUUGUUCGGUUUAUCUAUUCUCGUCUCCGCCACCCUCCGAGGAGAAGGAGCAACGGCGGCGUAUGUUCCAACCGAUGUCUUUCUCAUCAACUGUGGUGCUACCUCUGAUACCAAAGACCUCAGCGGCCGAACUUGGACGACAGAGCACGGGAAUCUUGUGCCAUGGAACUUAAACGACAUGUCGUUUGCUGCAACUGCUUCAUUCCAAGACUUUGGGGUUCCUCUGGUUCCUUUCAUGGAAGCUCGGAUUUUCCGAUCUGAGUUCACUUACACAUUCAAAGUCUCUCCAGGCUGGAAAUUCCUCCGGUUAUACUUCUAUCCGACCAUUUACGGAUCCGACUUCAAUGCCGACAAUUCUUUCUUCUCUGUCACUGUCGACGGUUUAACUCUCUUGAAGAACUUUAGCGCCGAUUUAACGGUAAUGACUCUCAAACCGGAAUCGAAAUAUAUUAUCAAAGAGUUUAUCGUUACCGCUUUCAGAACUCUCAGGCUCACGCUCACGCCCUCUACUGAUUCGUUAGCCUUCGUUAACGGCGUGGAGAUUGUCUCCAUUCCUGAUCGUUUUUACACAAAGGGUGGGUUUGAUGACAAAAUAACAAACGUGGGUUCCAACAUUGACUUCGAAGUAGAUGACGAGAUAGUAUUGGAGACCGUUUACCGCUUGAACGUAGGAGGACAGAUGGUUUCUGUAGUCAACGACACAGGAAUAUUCCGACAAUGGUUUUCUGAUGAUGAUUUCCUUCUCGGUGUUAAUUCAGGAAUGAAACCAGAGGUACCAGGUGUGGAGCUGAACUACACAGAGAAGACUCCCGCUUACGUUGCCCCGGAUGAUGUGUACAAGACGUAUCGAACAAUGGGGAACGUCAACAACCCUAGACUCAACCUGAUUUUCAACUUGACGUGGCUCUUUCCAGUUGACGCCGGGUUUAACUACCUCGUCAGACUUCAUUUCUGUGAGACUCUACGGGAAGUUAAUGGACCGGUCCAACGUGUCUUCACCAUCUUCAUCAGGAAUCAGAUUGCAAUGCUUGAGAUGGAUGUGAUUGGCAUGAGCGGUGGUUCUCGAAUUCCGAUUUAUUUGGAUUUCAGUGUAUACGUGGGUUCUGAAAGUGGUCCGAGACCUGAUCUACGACUUGAAUUGCAUCCUUACACAGAAGUGACUCCAAAGUAUUACGAUGCUAUUCUUGUUGACAUAAGCUUGAGUGAAGCGUGA